AUGGCAAAGGUGUGGACGGCAUUGGCGGCGGCGGCGGUCGUCGCGCAAGGGCAUGGAGAAGUCCCUCGGUUCAAGUGUGACAACUGGACGCCGUCGUAUCCCCAUAAUGGACACUACAACACGUCGGCGACGAUUUCGACCGAGAAACUCAACGUGCACUUGAUUCCGCACACUCACGAUGAUCCUGGUUGGCUCAUCACGGUGGACCAGUACUUCACCCAAGAAGUGGACUACAUCUUGGACACGGUCGUGACGGAGUUGCAAAAGGACCCCAAGCGCCGCUUCAUGUAUGUCGAGCAGUCCUUUUUUCAACGCUGGUGGCGCGAACAAUCUAAGGAAACCAAGAAGGUUGUCAAGAAGCUGGUGAAGAACGGGCAAUUGGACUUGUCUGCCAAUGGUGGAUGGGUCAUGCACGACGAAGCAACGCCGCACUACACGACCAUGCUGGACCAAACGGCGUUCGGGCACAAGUUUUUGCUGGACGAGUUUGGAGUUCGUCCUCGCAUUGGAUGGCAGAUUGAUCCGUUCGGCCAUUCGUCGACGCAGGGGUCGCUCCUGUCGUCGGGAGUCGGGUUCGAUGCGCUGUAUUUUGCGCGCAUGGACUACCAAGACUAUGGCAAGCGCAAGGACGAAAAGAACUUGGAGUUCCUGUGGAAGCCAUCUGCAUCUCGAAACGACUCGGUCUUCACCGGCAUGUUGCAGGAUGGGUACGGCGGGCCUGGCGGGUUCUACUUUGAGAACGACGCGCCCAUCAAAGACGACCCGUACCUGCACGACAAUAACGUAUGCGAGCGCAUCAAGACGUUUGUCGACCAGAGCUUGGAACGCGCCAAGCACACAAAAGGCAACCACAUCUUUUGGCCGAUGGGGACGGACUUUCAGUACCAGAACGCGCUGCGUUGGUUCAAAAACCUGGACAAGCUCAUCCACUACGCCAACCAAGAAGGGCGCGUGAAUAUGUUUUACUCGACGUUGGCGGCGUACACAGACUUGAAAUUGCAAGACAAGUCGAUUCAGUGGAGCGUCAAAACGGACGACUUUUUCCCGUAUGCAGAUCAGCCAAAUGGAUACUGGUCGGGGUACUUUUCCAGUCGGCCGGCGUUGAAGCGGUACGUGCGUGUGGCCAACAGCGUGCUGCAAUCCGUGCGUCAGUUGGAAGUGUGGGCAGGCGCGUCGGCAUCGCGAGUCCACCAUUUGGCGGCGACGGUCGGAUUGAGCUUGCACCACGACGGCAUCAGUGGCACGGAAAAGCAAAAGGUGUCGGACGAUUAUGCCCAGCGCCUCGGCGAGGGCGUUGGCAAUGGCAAUUGGCGGGUCAACGACUUGCUGGCCGCGCCGGUGGACUUUUGUUUCAUGGCCAACGUGAGCAUCUGCCAUCGCUCUGCGUCCGCCGACUUGUUCACGUUUCUCGUGUACAACCCGCUGGCAGUCGCGCAUACGUACACGAUUGAAUUGCCCUUGACCGCGUCGAACGCGGCGGUCAAGUUGGCCAACGGCACGGCGGUCGCGAGCGUCGUCGUCCCGUUUACCCCCGUGUACGCGCACCCGAUCCAACAUGCAGCUCCCAACCAACUGGUCGUCCAGGCCAACGUGCCGCCUCUGAGUUGGUUGGUGUACCACGUCACUCCGACAUCGACGGGCGCCAACGCAAUCGAGUCGUGGGCCGUUGUGCGCGACGCGAUUGUGGCCGCCGACAACGAGUUUGUCCAUGUCGAAGUCGACACUGCGACCGGAUCGCUCGUGUCGCUGACAGAGAAACGAUCCAACUCGACGGUGGCGGUCAAGUCGUCGUUGUUGUAUUACCAAGCGUACGGGAAGCCGGGCGACUCCUGCUCGUCCGGGGCGUAUCUCUUCCACCCGAACACGUCUGCCGUGCAUGCCUUGCCAGCCAUCACGAGCCACAAGUGCUACAGGACUCGGUUGGUGGCGUCGUGUGCGUUCCGAUUUGGUGCGUGGGGCGCGUUGGAGUACAAGCUCCACGUGUGGGACAAGUCGAUCGUUGUCGAAUGGACGGUGGGGCCGAUUCCGAUUGACGACGGUCAAGGCAAAGAAGUGAUUUUGCGCUUCGACACGAGCGUCCAGUCGGAGAAAACGUGGUACACCGACUCGAACGGCCUCGAGUUUGUCAAGCGAGUGGCGGCGAAUUACGUCCCGAUCACGAUUGCCACGUACCUCCGCGACGCGUCGACACAAUUCAAUGUGGUCACGGAUCGCGCGCAGGGGGUAGCAAGCCUGAACGAUGUAGGCUCGGUUGAGAUCAUGGUCCAUCGCCGUCUGCUUCAAGACGACAACAAAGGUGUCGACGAGCACUUGAACGAAACAGAAACCCUGUCGCUGGCCAACAACCAACAACUCACACAAGGCCUGACAGUCCGUGGGUCGUUUGCGUUGAGCGUUGGGCCGUUGGAUGCAGCCAUGGCGCAGUUGCGUGCCGAAAUGAGUCGGCGGUAUUUGAACCCGUUGGUCGCGCUGACAGCGCACAACACGUCGCUGACGCCGCCCACGACGGCGUGGACGCCGCGGUUGCCAUUCAACGUCGGUUUGAUUUCGUUGGAAGUUGUCGAUGCGCACACGAUUCGUUUGCGCCUGACGCAUUUGUUUGCGAUCCGCGAGCACCCGGUGUGGUCUCACGACGCGACUGUCGACUUGACCGUGUUGCUCGGGUCCCCAUGGUCGACGGCACACCACUUGCGUGUGACGGAAUUGAGUUUGUCUGGCAACCGGGUGCUGCGAUCGAUCCCGCGCACGACCGUGACGCUCAAGGCGAUGCACGUGCGGGCUUUUGAGAUCACGACCAUGCAAGGUCCCGCGGCCAGCAUCUUUGACCCGACAGUGACCAACUUGGCCGAUGGCGGCGGCGACAACGAGGCUUCGUUGGACUUUUAA